UCUGCUGCCGUCGCCUUCACGAGUCCUUCAUUUCGGCCUUUUUUUUCUCUUCUCCAUCAUGCAUAAGUCUCAUUCAUUCCUUGGAUAAAGGGAUUCUUUUUGACUUCAAAGUACACUAUAGACACGCAGUCUGUGCUUUUGCUAACCAAUACACGCAAAUGUUGUAUGGGCACGUUACCCAUAAUUUAGUCCUUAAUCAACGUCUUACAUUUAUAUGCAACUCAAGCAUCGAAAAAUAGGAAGACGAAGAUUCCAUUGAUAUCUUAAUCUCGUGGGUUGUCUAUAACUAAUCAUAUUAUUCCUUCUUUGCUACAAAAUUUCACACAAGCAUCAGUCUCGUUGUGGUUUAGCCUCCUAUUAGAGAAGAGAAGAUAAGCUAUGUUGAGUACUCCAAAACACUAUCCACUAAGUCACUUCAUUAACAGUAUAUCCUCAUAUGAUAGCAACAUAAUGCUGGCUGCGGUGAUAUCCCUCCUUGUGGUCAUUCUCUUUGUGUUACUUCUUCAUAUCUACGCCAAAUGGUUCUUGGAACAAGCUCGCCAUAGAAGGAGAUCAAGCUCCGUCUCUGUAUCUCACGUUCUGCGCCCUUCAAGAUUCCACCAUUUCCACGCAUUUACUCUCGACGCCUUCCCCUCUUCUCCUUCUACAGAAGGUCUUGCCCCAUCAAUCAUUUCUUCCAUUCCAUUGUUUGUUUACAAAGCUGAAGAGCAUGAACAAGAUUUGGAGUGCAUCAUUUGUUUAAGCCUUUUCGAGGAAAAUGAGAUUGGUAGGAGCUUGAAAAAAUGUGGGCAUGAUUUUCACGUUGAGUGCAUUGACAUGUGGUUGCUUUCCCACUCUAAUUGUCCAAUUUGCAGAGCUCCGGCAGUGGUGGGUGAUACUGCAUGUGAUGCCAAGUCUAUGGAGUCAGCAGAAGCUGGUUUAAAUAAUAAUAAUGGGGAGUCAAGAGUGGAGAUUGUGAUUGAUGUUUCGAAUUCUGAAAAUGAAAAUGGGAAUGAAAAUAAUAAUGUUGUAGUAAAUUAUGAUACACCAUCAUCAUCUUCUUCUUCUUCUCUGGGUUGUUCUUUGAAGCGGAUGUUGAGUAGGAAUAGAUCAGAACGUAAGGUUUUCCAAUCUUGUAAUAAUGAUUCUGAAAUCAUUGUCUGAGAAGAGAAAGAAGGAGUUAAUUUUUUUUUUCUGUCCCAAUUUUGGUGAAGAGGUCCGACAUGGCCAUUCUCAUUUACUUCCACACCAGCAGCUAUAACAACCCCAAUUAAUGCCUAUCGCUUAUGUUUACAGUC